AUAUAUAUAUAUAACUCCAAUUUUGCAUCCUUUAUAUAAUUCUACCCAAAAACAAAAAGAGGAAAAAAGCACAAAAAAAGAAACAACAUAACGGCUAUAUCUAAAUGUCUUUAUCAGCAUCAAGAACUUUGAGAUACAACACCCCGCCACGUAGGCAAGACAACACGGCCACAGUUCCUUCCUUCCGACCCUAGUUUCUAGAAACAGGGAAACUCAUAGGUCCAAAAUAUUAUUACUUUCCGAUUUUACCCUCUGAGUGUCCGUUUAUUUGCAAAUCAUACCCUCUUAUUCUCACUCCCUUGUACCGCGUAUUCUCUCGUUUCUUCUACUCUGCUUCUCAAUUCUUUAUUAAUUCUUUAAUUGUUUAAUUUUUUCUUUUUCUUUUUCUUUUUGAAUCCACAAAAUAAGUAAUCAUGGAGCUUCCCGCAAUGAAUAACAACCUCCUUAGAAACAUUCUCGUGCGUCUCCUUUCCUUUGGUGUCCUACUCCUGGCCGUUAGAUUCGCAUACUUGGUCACACUUGCCGGUGGAUCGUGCGGCUUCGAAGACUUCUGCUUUUUCCCCGAUAACAUUCUGCUCCGCAGCGGCGCCACCGUACGGACCCGACCCUUCUCCAUUGUCUCAGGCGGAGGCGAUUCUCAACUCCGAGAUAUCUGGACGACCAAGAAAUGGCGCAGAACAGUGGACUACUACUCCUCCAUCUUCCAAGAUUUCGUCGCCGAGGGCUUUCUCUCUCCCGAUUCGAAAGCCCUCUGCGUCGAUACCCUCGCCGGCGAGGACGUGUUCGCUCUGAAAGAGAUCGGCGUCGUCGACUCCGUAGGAAUUUCCAAGAAGGCCACUCCGCCGUUGAUUGUCACCGGAGAAUCUCACCGCCUGCCAUUUAAUUCGAACACCUUCGAUUUCGUAUUCGCCGGCAAUGGCAGCCUAGACCGAUCGGGUCGACCCGUGGAUUUUGCAUCCGAGGUGGGUCGGACUUUGAAACCGGGCGGGUUCUUUAUCGUCCACACAGUGGCUAAAGAUUCGUAUAGCUUCAUUUCUUUUCUUGAAUUGUUCAACUGCUGUACAUUGAUUCGGUCCCACGAAAUCGACGGAAUAGAUUUCCCGACGGUUCGCGAAAUCGUAAUGAAGAAAGAGAUUGACAUCCUCAAGGGUAGAAAAUCAAUCCCCGGUGACAAAUGCUCGUUUCCGGGUUAUAAACCAGAAAUAAUCCGAAAUGCCGAGCCGAUUAUCCAACAAGAACCAUUGAAGCCAUGGAUAACAUUGAAAAGGAACAUAAAGAACGUAAAGUACUUAACUUCAAUGGUGGAUAUUAGCUUCAAGCAGAGGUAUAUUUACAUCGACAUUGGAGCUCGUAGUUAUGGUUCAAGCAUUGGAAGCUGGUUUAAAAAACAGUAUCCAAAACAGAACAAGACCUUCGAAAUCUAUGCAAUCGAAGCGGACAAAGUUUUCCAUGAACAAUAUAAAACCAAGAAAGGAAUUGUUCUUUUGCCUUUCGCUGCAUGGGUGAGAAAUGAGACUCUGUUCUUCGAAAUUACGAGAGACCCAAGCAAGAAAACUAUGGAGAAAGGCAGAGGAAUGGGAAGGAUUCAACCGGCGAGUUCUUCGGCGAGUUAUAUGGGCGACGUGGAUAAGAUUCAGGGGUUUGAUUUCGCUGAAUGGUUGAAGAAAACGGUGUCGGAUAGAGACUUUGUGGUGGUGAAGAUGGAUGUGGAAGGGACUGAGUUCCAUUUGAUUCCGAGGUUGAUUGAAACUGGAGCCAUCUGUUUGAUCGAUGAGAUUUUUCUUGAAUGCCAUUAUAAUCGAUGGCAGAGAUGUUGUCCGGGACAGAGGAGUAUGAAGUAUCAGAAAACGUAUGGGCAAUGCUUGGAGCUUUUUACUUCGCUUAGAGAGCGUGGAGUUCUUGUACAUCAAUGGUGGUGAUCUGGUAACAGGACUAAACAGUAGAAUUAUCUCCAACAUUCCUUAUUCAAAUUCUUUUUAUUUUUAUUUUUAUUAUUUUUUUAUUUUAAUCGUCAUAGGCAUAGCUUAUUCUUUGUAGUCACACAAAGUUGUAUACUUUUUUCGCUUUUUUGGGUUUCCUCAUUCUUUUAUUUGUUCAAAUUUUAGUGAAGGAAAAUUUAAUGAAACAUUUGAUUCCUUCAUUUCUUUCAUUUUAGUUCUUUGAAACUUUGCUUUAGUUAUGUGUCUUAUUAGAUUGUACGUAUAAUUUUUUUCUUGAUUAAUAUAGUUCUUAUGUCUAAUUGUAUAUGUAGAAUUAUGUUUGAUCUAAUGUAAAGGUGAAAAUUUAUGCUAAAAGUUAAAAGUCAUGUUUAGCUCGUUUUAGUUUCCAUUACCUGCAGUGCACUGCACUUCAUUUUUCAAUAAACUCAUAAUGAAUUUUAAUUGAAUUUUGAGACUCCGAACUCUUAUCAUAAAGAGUUUGUAUAAUUAAAACAUCUGCA